AUGGCUCCUAAGAAUAAGGGAAAGGGAGGUAAGAACAGACGUCGCGGAAAGGGAGGACGCGGUGACGUCAAACGUGAGCUCGAAUUCAAAGAGGACGGUCAGGAGUAUGGCCAGGUAUUGAAAAUGCUCGGUCAAGGCCGUGUCGAGCUACAAUGUUUCGACGGUGUAAAGCGACUCGGCCAUAUUCGGGGUAAGAUGCGCAAGCGUGUAUGGAUCCAGAUCGGUGACAUCGUUCUGGCAUCCCUCCGUGAUUUCCAGGAUGAGAAGUGUGAUAUUAUCCUUAAAUACAACGUCGAUGAGGCCCGUGCUCUGAAGCAACAUAAGGAGAUACCGGACAACAUCAAGAUCAAUGAGACUGACUUAAUGGGGAAUGAGGAAGGAUUCUCUGAUGAUGGGGUCGAGUUCGCUGAAGAUGGUGAUGAUGAAGAGGAUACAGGCAACCUGUUGGCCCCUCCCUCUGCUGCUGCUACCAACCUCACUAAAGCGGAUAUUGACGAUAUCUAA